AUUGGCUGAUGAUGUGCGGUUUGGAGAACAGGCUGUGUGAAGCGCGCGGCGCGCUGCAUUUUUCAGUUCAGGUGGGAAGCCAGGAGCAGGCCUGGUCUGGGCUCCCAGGCGAUGGAACGCGUGUGGCGUGCGUGGGACGGACAGUCCGUAAAUGAGAACCAGCCAGACUCGCCGGGAGUCGCGGGUAUGGUAGUGUCCUGGCUCAGCAGGGCUGAGUGGGAGCAAGUGACGGUUUAUCUGUUCUGUGAUGAUCAGAAAUUGCAGCAAUACGCGCUGAACCGAAUUACAGUAUGGAGGAGCAGGUUAGGCAACGAACUGCCCCUGGCAGUGGCUUCUACAGCUGACCUGAUACGAUGUAAGCUCCUGGAUGUAGCCGGUGGCUUGGGCACCGAUGAACUUAGAUUGCUCUAUGGCAUGGCAUUGGUCAGGUUUGUGAAUCUUAUCUCAGAGAGGAAGUCCAAAUCUUGUAACCUUCCCCUCAAAUACCUGGCUCAUGAGGUGAACAUUCCAGAAUGGAUUGUUGAACUUCGCCACAAGUUGACCCACAAGAAAAUGCCCCAUAUAAAUGACUGCCGCAGAGGUUGCUACUUUGUCCUCCAUUGGCUCCAGAAGACAUUCUGGAGCCGUCAACUAGAGGACAGUCUGAAAGAAACCUGGGGGAUGGAAGAGGACCAGGUAGAAGCAGAUGAACCUGAAGAAGAGGAAACUGAAAUUAUUAUUGAUGAUAUAAUUGAAGAGAUACCAGAGUUUCAGGAUGACGACAAAGGUGAAGAAUUGGCUGUCACAGAUGAUGCAAACACUAAAGGCAAUGAAGAGGUGGCUUCUCAUCCAGAACUAUCUCCAAGACAUAAGGAGUUGUAUGAAAAAGCACGAGAAUUGCUGGUAUCAUAUGAAGAGGAACAGUUUAAGGUGCUGGAGAAAUAUAGGCAUUUACUUCAGGCUAUUAAGGUGUGGAAUAACCUUUCUCCACGUGUACAAGGUAUCCUAGAAGAACUCAAGAGCAUUUCAUGGGAGAACAGGGAUGCUGUACUGGAUGCCUUUUUAGACGAUGGCUUCCUCAUUCCCACUUAUGAGCAGUUGGCAGCGUUGCAGAUAGAGUAUGAAGAAAACAUCGACUUGAAUGAAGUGUUGGUGCCAAAGCCCUUCUCUCAGUUCUGGCAGCCCCUGCUCAGGGGCCUGCACUCCCAGACCUUCACACAGGCCCUGCUAGAGAGGAUGUUCUCUGAGUUGUCUACCCUGGGGAGAACUGGGAUCCGGCCUACCUACAUCCUUAGAUGGACCGUUGAACUGAUCGUGGCCAACACCAAGACUGGACGAAAUGCUCGGCGGUUUUCUGCAGGCCAGUGGGAAGCAAGAAGGAGCUGGAGGCUGUUCAAUUGCUCUUCCACCCUGGACUGGCCCCAGGUGAUCGAGGCCUGCUUGGGCUCACCUUGCUGGGCCAGCCUCCAACUCCUUCAGGUAGUCUUCAAAGCCAUGGGAGAGGUCUUGCCAGAUGAGGAACAGGAGAAGCUGCUGCGAGUCUGCUCCAUUUAUACUCAGAAUGGAGAGAGUGGCUUGGCAAAGGCCGUCGAAGGCUCCUCCUCCUCCUCCUCUUCCUCCUCCUCCACUGGGAAAGCUCCAUACACGCUGGAUACCUUACAUCAGGACCUCCAGCCACCUGCUACCAACUGUGAGUCUGAAGGAAAUAUUCAACAGAAGGAGCAAGACAACCUUACGGAUGUCAAGCCAGAGGAGGAGGAAAAGGAGAAUGUGGAGGAGGAGGAGGAGGAGGAGAAGGAGGAGGCAGAGAUGGAAGAGGAGGAGAAGGAGGAGGAGGAAGAACAGGAGCAGGAGGAGCACCAGGAGGAAGAACAGGAGGAGGAGGAGGAGGAGGAGGAGGAGCAGAAGGUCUUUCAAGAUCAGAUGGAAGCAGAUGCAGAGGAAAGUGACGGCUUAGGAGAGGAGGAGGAAGUAGAUGAGGAUGAAGAUGAUGAUGAAGAUGACGACUAUGAUGAUGAUGAUGAUGAUGAUGAAGACGGAAUGGAUAUGGGUGGGUUCUCUCUCCUACAGGGAUCCUAUGUUCUUGAGAAUACUAGGAUCAUGUCUCAGAAAAGAGAAGCUUUGCAGGGUUCAGCAUGGCAACUAAGCUCUGAUGAUGUACGAUGGGGUAUAUUCCCUAUCGGCCGAGUACCAGGUCAGACUGAGGACCCAACAGAGCUUAUGCUGGAUAAUUAUGACACCAUGUAUCUUUUGGACCAACCUGUACUAGAGCACCGGUUAGAACCCCAAAAGUCUAAGAGUAGGUCAAGCUUCUACAGAGUUUAGAGCCGUCCCUGUCCCUGACCAACUGCCCCUUCUCUCAGCAGCACUCUGGGCCUAUGCUGUGGCAGCAAUAACAAUGGCGGUGUUGGCAACAUGGAGGGCCUUCUCUGGAACCAAGGACAAAUGCAUGGGCUCAAAGCUGGCCUGCAGCUCUUCUGAUGGCUGUCCUGAUGCAAGUGUCCAUGUAGCCCUGCCACUGUCACAGCUCAGUCCAGAAUCCACCCAUGGUACAGAGUGGACAACCUAAGAGACAGAUCAGCCUUAUCAAUUCCGCUGUCGACCACAAUGGAAAUUAGAAUGAUUCCCCCAUUUUCUGUUGUGUUUUGAAAAAUAAUAAACAGAUUUUUGUCAUGGUG